GUUGCUUAGCUUUUGGAAGAGAAUAUCUGGUUCUGUUCUCUUAUUUUACCCUAAUACAACAUCUAAGCCUCUCUCUCUCUCUCCUUCUUCUUCUUCUUCUUCUUCUUCUUCUUCUUCAAGCUAAAGCUCUUCUCUUUGCUUUAGAAUCUGGUAAAUGAUAAAAAGGGUUGAUCCAUAAUGGCUUCAGCUUCCCGGAUUAUGGAUAAACCCCGUCAAGAACAACAACAACAACGACCACCGGUAGCACCGGCUCUUAAGUGCCCUCGUUGUGAUUCUUCCAACACCAAAUUUUGUUACUACAACAAUUACAGCCUCUCUCAGCCACGGCACUUCUGCAAAGCCUGUAAACGCUACUGGACCCGCGGCGGAACCCUAAGAAAUGUCCCCGUCGGUGGUGGCUGCCGGAAGAACAAGCGCCUCAAAUCUUCUUCUUCUUCUUCCUUCUCCUCAGUCAACGCUACUCCCACGUCAACCCCAACUCAAAAACCUCGCCUUCACAACAACUCCAUCAUCAAUUCUGCUACUAAUAUUAUUCCUUCUUCCCCAAUGUUUUUUGGGGUUCAUAACACUAACCCAUCUCCCUUAAAUCUUCAAUUUUCAACUCUUGAUUCUGUUUCUGGUCUUCUCAACCUUUCCCCGCUGCCGCCGUUCGACGCCAUUGGCAGUGGUUUAGGGUUUUCCCACAUCGGUGAUCUCCGUGAAACCUUCAAUUCCCCUAAGCAAAUUCAAGAUAUUUCAAUUCAUGCAACUCACUUCCAUCCUCCCGCCAUCUCAUUCGAUCGAAAUUCACAGUUUUUCGGUAAUUUCGAAGCUGGUUUGAUGAAGGAAGACUUGAACAGGCUGUCCCAUAAUCAAACCGAGCAAGUCGAUCCAUCGAAUUUUUCCGACCCUUCUCGGUUCUGGAACUCGGCAACCACGGCGACGAGCAAUUGGCAUGAUCCAACGAAUAAUGGGUCCUCAAUUGCUUCUCUAUUCUAGGAGAUCAAGGCAUUGGCUGUCUAUAUAAGAAAAGACAAAGAAUAAAGUUGAGGAGAGGAGUGGGAUCGGAGAGAUCAUGUCAGCUGCAAGAACAGCUCAAACCCUUAAACUUUAUCGAUGUGGGUUUGAGAAUUUUAUAGGUAAUUGCGCUGAGAGGAACCUCGGAUCCUCUUUCAUUCGUCCCUAUAAUACCAUCCUAUCAACAAUUUAGAAUUUGGAUUAACCUCACCUACGCAUGGCCUUACAUGCAUGCAUUCAAAGGGAUCGAAUACGUUUUUUUUGUGGGUAUGUAUAGCUAAGGGUAUAGGAAGAAAUCAGUGGAAGAUUUGUUAUUUUGUAAUGGCAAUGAAAUUUAGAUUCGAAUUUGUGAUC